ACAUAUACCGCGGGAUCUAAUAUCAUACGUAGUAAUAAGAAACAGAUCGAACUCUUAUUUGAUACACUGAUAACGCCCUCCAAAACUCUGGAAUUCCGCGGGAACAAAACACCACGAGAUAUUCUGGUGUAGUGGCAUGGCAUCUUGCUCCAAUAUGCACCCAUGCAAGCUUUGUCCCGGUGGGGACAUACCGGAACUCAAAGACCGGCUUGUCAAACCGGUCCGGGGCAUAUGCACGAUAUCAUCCAUGAAGCGAUCAAAGAGAUGUGCGAGUAUGAGAGAUAGAAACGAAAAGAACAGGACCAGCAUAGGAUAUAGCGCUAGCUGUAUCCAACAUUUUGGUACGGAUAGCGAGGUUGGAAACUCGGAUUUAUACUCCAUCAAAGCUCAGAGCCUCACUUACCUUAGUGCCCCCAACACCACAUCGGACCCCGCGCUUAAUUGAUACUCAUGCAGGGAAAACCCACCAGCUGUGCGUAUCCGUCCAGUCCAAGCAAUAUCCUUAGACUACAAGUUUGCUUUUUCUGUGUUAAAUCCUGGAAUCUAAGCGGUUCACUCUGCUGAGUCAGUCUCUACGCAGCCUGUAACCUCGGCCUUUCUCGAGAGGUCCAAGAGCACUCACUCGUGCAACUAUUUUACCGCUCUUCUCUUCUUCUUCUUCUAAACUAUAAGUCUAGUGUCGUCCAUUCGUCUACUAAGUUAGUGUCCUUCUAUAAUCUUUUGUUCUUCUCUGCGUCAUUGUGCGGAGAGAUUUCAAACCUUGUUGUAUAACUUAACUACACUCUCACAUAUUGUUUAUUAAACACGCCAUGGCUACACACUGCAACGUCCUCCAACAGUUCACCCGUACCGAGGAAUCAGAGUUCAAGGGCAUGAUUCGCUAUGUACCCAACCAGAAUCGGUUGCUCCCAUCCACUACAUCCAUCUCCAACAAGCCACGACUCCAGGCUUCUUCUCUAGGCCAAUUGGAUUGUCUCCCCGCAGAACUUCUAUUGUCUGUGCUUGAUCUCCUCGACUUCCAGUCUCUGUCUCGCCUGUCGCGGGUUUCUCUUCUAGGAAAGGAUGUGAUUGAGGACCUGCCGGUGUAUUGGGAGACGGUCCGACAUGCUCCCGAGGCUUUGGCUGUCUUGGGACAGACUCAUCUUUUGAGCUACCAUCCUGCUACCCUGCUUCACUCUGCUCUCCGGCAGAGCAGAUGUGUCUCGUGUCUCGCAUUUGGGGGGUUUCUCUUCCUGCCAACCUGUGAAAGGGUUUGUUUUGAGUGUCUCUAUGAGAACCAGGCUCUCCGGAUGACGUCUCCGGCCAUGGCCAAGGAGUGUUUUAGUCUCACUGACCAUGAUCUCCAACGCAUUCCUGUUAUGUACAGUGUUCCUGGCACUUUUGGUCUAAGGUUUCAAUUCGUGCAUAAGCAGGCUGAACGCCUUGUCAGCGUCAAGCAAGCAAAGGAACUUGCCCUAGAGAUACAUGGCUCGGCAGAGAAGCUGGCCAGACUGAGGCCAACAUAUCGUCCUGGGAGAACGUCCAUGAAAGAUGCUGCGAUAUUCAGGCACUUCCAUGAGGCUCCUUUAGACCCUCCAGGCUGUGAUCUCUCAAGACUGCCGAGAAAGGCUGAGGUUGUAGAGGAUGACUUUGGCGGAAUGGCUUCCAUCCGUUUCCCAUCCCUCUCAGAUGCUGGCACUGACAAAGGUGUCCUUUGCCAGGGAUGCCUUGUCACUUAUAGCCACUACAUGCAAGGAGUGCUUCCUCAAAGUACGCUUUCCGAGCUUGUGCCCGUGGAUGUAGGGCCUUAUCGACCUCUUCUUGCGCUGUUGACUCGUCUAUGGUCCACAGAAGGAUUCGCUAAACAUGCACAUCAAUGCUAUGGUGUGCGCCGAAUCAUGGGCCAGUGAGUCCUACAUACGGACAGAGCUAGAACAACCUUACAAAGACCUCAGCUGAGGUUUGUUGUCUCCUCUGAGAUUUGUCAACGCAUUUCUUGAUCUGUCCUGGCUGAUGAUUGCAGGAUCCUCAAAGCCCUGUAGGGCUAGUAUUUCCACUCUUCUAACAUCUCCUCUAAAAUGUCUCUCGUAUGCUCAUGUCAAUCAGUCGUUGGUCUCGAACGCUGAUGGUUCUCAAAAGUUUACUGCUAUUCAUGAUCAGCCAGCAGGUUUGUUUUUCUAUCCGGUUGCGUUUAUAUACCGCAUAGUCGAUUUUAAUGAUAAAUGAGUCAAUUCAUGCUUUCGGAUGUGUAAUUAUGAAUAAGUCAUCAGUAAGUAUAGACCUAAUCUUGGUAGUAGGCGAUCUUGUUGUUGUUGUAUGACUUCAAUAUAGACACUUUUAUAACGUAAAAGAGAGUUGAUACAUCCAGC